AAGAUAUCGAUGAAGUUGUAGUUGCUAGGAAGAAUCAACUCUGUUGUUCGGAUAUCAAUGUUGAUGAUACAGAAUCCGGAGAGCUUGCUGAGGAUCUAUUAUCCAUCGUUACUAUCUUCAUAGUAAGACACAAUGGACUCAGAUUAGCUCAGAACAGGAAACGACGAAGAGAAACUAAAAACUCGAAAAAUACAAAUGUACCCAACAUUAGAAGAAAGAGAAAAUGGAUAGGACUAUAA